AUGAAACAAAGACAAGAUUCAGAUUUAUCCUGCUUCAUUCGUCAUAUUGCAUACCACUUCGGAAACUGUUUAGGUAUCCUAAGCAUUCAUCAGUGGCGGUUUCAAACUUUCCCAUUGCGGCGUGUGUUCGAGCUGAUGCCAUUUCUAGUACGCUUCAUCUACACAGGCAGAGUUGAGGAUGAAGUUGAUCUAAAAAGAAUGCUAAAGAUUGUAGCUUGCGGAGUUUGCGACACACUUCGAUAUUUGAAAGAUUUACCACAACAAACACCAAAGAAGGGGUUGUACGCGCCAGAUCAACCUUAG